AAAUGUGAUAUAAUUAUCAAGAAAUUCAUGCACUUGGUAAGUAAUUCUAGGCCAUCAUUCCUACGGGUUUUCAUUGAUGUCUUUCAUACUGUGGUCAUUAUGACCUGGAACGUGUUAAGUUGCAUUUUAUUUGGUAUUAAAAAUGUCUUGAGUUUUAGUUUAACUUGGUGAAUGUCAGGCGAAAUCAGACUUGAAAGAUUGGAAGAACGUGGAUAAAAUACUUUUGCCCAUCUCAAUGCAGCAGGAGGAGGGAGGAUUAAACCAGCAGGAUGGAUGUCACAGAGGAAAAUAUGACACCAAAGGAGAUGCUUGACAAAAUAGCCGAGCUGGAUUACAGUCAAAGCCAGCUAAGGGACCUGAACACUGAAAUGAGGCACUGGCUGGAUGUUGCAGAUGAUGAUAUGGCAGCGCUGCGCUCAGAGAACGUCGGCCUCAGAAAACAAGUGAAAGCCCUGGAGAAGAUCAUUAGUGAGGCACAGCAGGAUGAAGCAGAGCCUUGCAGGUCCCUCCUAACCGAUGACAUAGAUGUAAGGAGAUGCAAUGAAACAAAGAUUCAGAAAAUGGAGGAGGAAUCCACCAUGAUGAAGGAACAAAAUAAGAACCUAACCGCGGAGCUCAAGAACCUCCAGCAAGAGAGAGAUCAGGCCAAGAUCUGCCUGAGCAAGUUCAAGGUUGCCCUUCAAACCCUUGAGUUUGGAAUGGAGGAGGCUCAGUUAGGGCUGCAGCAAAGGGAUGAAGCUCUUCAUCAGAAAAACCUGCAGCUAAAGCACUCAGAGGAAACAUUUAAAGAAUGUUCCAUCAUCAUAAAGGAUCUCAGGCUGACAAAUCGGGAGCUGAGGAAGCAGUUGGAGGACAGACAGGAUGAGGCCUCACUCUCUGCCCUAAAUGACCUGUUGGAGGAAAAGGAAGGAUCGCUCAGCCCCCCUCUCUCUUUCGCAGAUGAAAUUAAGCUACUGGCCUCUUUGGAUGAAGCGAAAACCAGCACGUCAGACUCCAAACAUCUAAAACAUGAGGGAGCUGAGGCUGAGGAGCUGCUGAUACCUCAAAGUCUCAGAGUAGACCCUAAGACCAAAAGGUGUCCAGGUGCCUUGGAGACAGCCGUCCAGAGAGCAGGACUAUUUAUGAUGUGCAUCUUCAUUCUCCUUGUUGUGGCCUUUGUGGCUUCACGAAGCAGUGUGGGAAACUCUGAUUUGUUUUCCUUCAGCACCUUGUGGACUGGUGCACAGUUGAUGUUACAGCCCUAUUGCAGCGUGCACUAUGGUGCCUCACCUCCUAUUUGAUCUUAACACUCCCUCUUAUAAACUUAAGUCUGAUCGUG